AUGAAGUUAUUAUCUACUCUCACCCUCCUCACAACAAUCCUUCUUACCGUCAACGCACAAAGUGGAAAACCAUGCUCAACAUCGCAUGACCGACCAUACUGCGACAAGUACGUCGACAGCUACCACGGGACCACCGGGAACGCUGUCUACAUGUGCAUCGACGGGCGAACCAAAGUUACUCUCAAUUGCGGGAAUUGCGCGUGCAUUGACUUCAAGACAGAAGCAAUGUGUGCUGUAAGACCGGACUUCAGUAUAGGGGGUGUGAAAGAGAAGGUGGUUCGCUGUUUUCCAUACAGGCAAACUGUAUUAAUUAUCCUACCCACUCGGAGGGGAAUCCGCAGAAGGCGAAAAGGACGGCGGUUCCGUAUGCGUGGGUGUGAGCUGAAGGGGCUUGGAAAAGAGACUCCUGCUUUGGUUUGCGGUGGUAUGAUGGAGGGCACAUGUCAAACGUGUCAUUGGCAAGGCAUUACACUAUGUACGUUCGCCAGAUCUAUUGACUGCUGUAACACAUGA